ACAUCAAACGAACCGAGAUCGUUGAAGCAGUGACAUUGCAACAGCAGCAAACAAAGCAGCAAGCCGCAAACCAAAAAUCCAACAAAAUCGAAGAUGCCACGCUACCAGAAACUCAUCAACGAGGACAGCACCAUGGAGACGACGUCUACGCUGCCCCAACAGAAGCACACCAAGCAGCCGCAGGUGGAGCAUCGCCAUCAGUACCAGCAACAGCCCCCGAACGUGGGCUACCAUCUGUAUCUGUAUCGGCAGCAGCUGGCGCGCCGCAACGUGGAGUACAUGCGCCUGUCCAAGGCCAAGUACUGCAUCACGGACACCCUGCUGGCCAAGACGGUGCGCAACCUGAAGGCCUGCAGCGUCGACGAGCUGAAGACGGUCAACAAUCAGAUUGUGUUCCGGCACAAGCUCAAGCAUCAGAUCCGUCGCCUGCGCAAGCUGCAGUUUCUGGGCAUCAAGAACGCCAAUCCACAGAUGGAGAGCACAGAGCUGUGAGGAGGAGCAGGAUCAGCGAGAAGAGCAGCCCUGGCUACGACUUGAGCUUAGCCAGGAGUGAGAGGAGCUCCCUUACAGAGGAGGAGGAGGAGGAUCAUUCCCUUGGUCACAGAACAGGGUCAUGACCUGUCAAAACAUAGCUUAAGUGGCGGGCACUGCAUUAAUCUAUAUUUAAAUCUCAUUAGUUCUUUAAUUAUUUUAAGAUUAACAAAAAACAUUCCAAUAAAUCUACAACUAAAUGGA